AUGUCGAAAUCGAAUUCUCACUCUUCUUCUUCUUCUCGUCAGGAUUUUGUGGCUAAAGUAAGGUACAAUAACGACCUUCCUCCUCCACCAUGUCCACCAAAGAUGCUUGAUUAUUCAGAUGUGAAAGAUCCAAAGGCUUUGGACUCCUCUUCCUAUCUGUCCUCGUUUUUCAGAAAGGAGAAUUUUCGGAAUCUUGUUACUUUGAACGACGAUUUGGGAAUGAGUGUGAACUUGCUAAAGAUUCCUGAUUGCAUUGAGAAGGAUAAUCUCGAGCCGUUGGGAGCCCUAACUUCUGAGUAUGGUAAUGGCUCGAACCUUCAUCCCAGUGAUCAGUUGCUAUUAGCUGAUCCUUCUAGAAGCACAACUGUUAAGGGAGAAGCGGUGUCGUUUCUUCGUAGAACUCAGUAUAUUGCGGCAGAUAAGACGCAACUUCCAGCCAGAUAUUUUGCAGGUACAAUGAACGCUGCGACUGCCGCAAAGACUGCGCUCCAAAAGAAGUUGCACUUUAAAAAGGAGGAAGAAUUGGAUCCAAAGGAGCAGUUACGGGCUGUGGAAUCAAUGUUUAAUACGAGAUUAGAUGAGGAUGAGGUUAGUAAGUUAAGACAUCCUGUUAAGAAACAUUUGAAGGCUAAGAGAGUAUGGAAUCUAUUACCAGAUACAUCGAUGUUUGAUCAGAAGUUCUUUGACAUCAAAUUUGUCAGCUCUGCGUCGAUUACAAAGGGUAAAAACAAGAAAAAAGACGAUAUCAAAUUGGAAAAUGAUCCUAGAUUGUUGACUUCGAUGAUGAGGGAGAUUAGGUUAAACCCACAGACUACUCUAGUGUCAUUCUACACUACCAAUGAAGAAAGUGCAAAAGAGAUCAAGAAUAAGUUUGAGGACCAAACGGAGAAUGCGCCAAUUACCGAGGAGAAAGCUACUGACCCUGUGGAGAAUGGCACUGCCUACACAUAUACAAAAAUCAGAGACUAUGAUGGACAUAUCCGGUCUUUUAGUGAUAGUAAGGAAGAUCUCCGUCAUCUUACUGUUACCUUUGAUGAGAAGACUAAUACAGCAUUAUAUUUGCCUUUAGAGGGUAAGUUGGAGUUGAGAAAAUGCAGAAUAGAUCCAUAUCUUGAGCAGAGAGUGAAAGAACUGUCAUACGAUCAGAUUUACUUAUCUCUUAGAGAGCCAACAAGAAAUGAAAUUGAUGAUAGAGAUAUGCUUAGGAGUAAUUAUGAUCCAAUGGAGUUUGGAGCCGAUGACGAUGAGGAAGAGAAAUCUAUAAAGAAUGAUUCCGAGGAGAAUGAAAAGAAGCUUGGAGAAUCUGAAGACGUUAAGGCUUAA